UUGCCUUCUCAGUCAUUUUCCCCAAUGAAACGUAAAAAGAUUGAAUAUUUGCCCGUGUUUUUUGCAUUUAUAUUUCGGUGAAAAUGGAUAUAUAGUCGGAUUUUGCAACUAAGCAAACAAAAAAGGCACCAGUGCCCCAAAAGUUUAAAACAUUCUACGAAAAUGAUUAUAAAAAAGCAGCCGCCAUGGCUCCCUCAGCUUCGGAAAGCGUCUUAUUAGGACAAGGCCCCUUGUAUUUACAUCUUACGUUAACAUCAAUAUCUGAAACAUCUUUAAAUUUUAAUGACAUCAUCCACGGACAUGAACAAUAUGACAACCAUGGAAUCAUUAGCGUUGCCUCAAGAUCUGUGUUGGGAAGGCAAAAUGGAGCCUAUUUCGCCGCCCAACGGCGAAUUACUUCCCGUAUGUGAAGAACUUAACGAGAAUUGGCUCGCCCCCGACGAUAAUUUUGCAAAUGAUAUGAUCAUAUUCCCCGCUCAAAUUGAUUUUGAAUUAAAACAUCAUGAUGUCGAUCUGGUCGAAGCAUUGCCUGAUGAUGAAGAUUUGAUAAUGGAGUUUUACGAUUUGAAAGAGGAAAACUUUUAUUCGCCAGCUCCUUUAUUGGAUAGUUCAAUCGAGAGCCCGGUCGCCAAUCCCAUUCAGGCUAUCAAGGUACAAGCCCCGACCGAAAUCCAUCAUUUCAGUUUCGCCAAUCAAAAUGCUUCGGUUUUAACGCAGUUAACGCCGCCAAGUUCACCACCACAGACAGCUGCUUCGUCACCAAUACCACAAACUUCGUCAUCCCCAACCAUUGUGGAGACAGCGACAGCCAAACCAAUACUGAUAGGCAUAAAUGAUGUUUUACAGCAAAAUCAUUUGAGUGGUUCAAAGCCAACUUCACCAGUUCCGCAAACACAACAAUUUACCUUUGCCAACUGGAGCAAUAGUUCCCCCCAUUACCAGGAAAGUACAACAACCGAUGCAAGCUCCGAGGAUGACAUUGAAUUCAAUACACAACUAAUUGAUGACAUUUUAAAAUCAGCUGCUGAUAAAUAUUUUGAGGACAGCGAAACUCAAUCGUCAAUUUCGGCUCCAUCCCACUUAGAUUUUAUAGACGACGAAUGGCUGCCAUCUUCAGGCAGUUGUUCGCCAUUGCUACAACAUUCGGUAGAAAGCUUCAGUGAAACAUCAAGUAGCGCAUCUUCACCAGCACCGGCUAAAAAACGUACCCGCCCCUAUGGCCGUGGUGUUGAAGAUCGCAAAAUUCGCAAGAAGGAACAAAACAAGAAUGCAGCCACUCGUUAUCGUCAAAAGAAGAAAUUGGAAAUGGAACAGAUUCUCACGGAGGAACAGGAAUUGACAAAACGCCACGAAGAGCUUAAAUGUCAGCUGGCCGAGCGCAAACGCGAAGCCAAAUACUUGAAAACCCUAAUUCGUGAAUUCUACUUGAAGAAGAAAUUGUAAAUCCUCACACUUCUAUUUUGUUGCAGUUAUGUCCCUUGGAAAUCAAAUCUACAUUUUUAGAACACAUGAACAUAUCUUUUUAUUUUUAUAUCAAUUUUAUGUUAAUUUUUUUUUUUUACUUUAAGGAAUUUGUUAUAAAUUUACAACAUACAUAUGAAUGUACCAUAUGUAUCCAUAUCGUUUUGCAAAAUUAUUGUCGUAUUUUAUAUUUAUGAUGUCACAUGUCCCGAAAUUUUUAUAUUUUUCUCUAUGACUUCUUUUAUUAUUCAAUACAAAUGUCCGAAGCGUAUUUGGUCGGUGUUAAAAAUGUCAUUUGUUCAUUUUAUCCAACUUGAUACUCAUGACAUGAUCAUUUUUUAAGAUCAUUGAAUUUAUUUUAUCAGUUGGAUAAAAUGAACCUUACAAUCUGUAACACUUUUAGUUACUGACACUUCAGUGGAAACGAAACCCUAUCGAAAAAGGUCGUGUAAGAAAAAUACAUUUUUACAUCAGAAAAUAUGUUUCAUAUUCAUUUUAUAAAUAAAUAAAGGGUUUACACAUAACAAAA